UCAGAUUUCUUGCCCAAUAGUUCUGUCGGUGAAUCGAGUUCUCUCUGGAGUCGAUUGGAACACACACACACACACACAUACACAUACACGUGUUUCGAUCUCUUGAUCUCGAUCUUGUUCAUCCAAUCGGACAUUGGGAAGUCAAUUUUCUGUCUGUCAGCGAGGAGAGAGAUGGCGCCAAUGGGUAUGACGACGAACGCAGAUGUCGAGAAUGCUGUUUACAUGCCGAGAGGAGAAGAGUCCUCCAGGAGCGAGGAAGAGAAUCAUGGUCGGCAACCUCGACUGCAGUCCGUUGAGACCACCCUCCUCGUGGCUAAUCCUGGCCCCCUCGGUUUGAACUCCUUCGCAAUUACGACCUUCAUUCUGUCUAUGUUCAAUGCCGGUAUUCUCCCUGCAUCCGUGGAGAAGGUAGUCAUCCCUCUCGCUUAUUUCUAUGGAGGCUCCGUUCAAGUGCUGGCGGGAAUAGCGGAGUUGGUCGCCAAGAACACGUUUGGUGCCACGGCAUUCUGCUCCUAUGGCGCGUUUUGGUUGUCCUUCGCGUACUAUGUGAUGGCUAUCGCCCCUGGAUUAGACAAGGAGAAGGUGCACAUCGCUACGGGCCUGUUCCUCUUCACGUGGACGGUCUUCACCACGUACAUGGCCGUCGCUUCGUCGAGGACGUUUCGCGCGCUUAAUUGCGCUUUUGUCCUCUUGGCAAUCACUUUUGCACUCCUGACCAUUGGUGAAUGGGGGGAGGUGAAGGGGUUCAAGAAGGCCGGGGGGUACUUCGGAUUACUGACCGCCAUAACGGCGUGGUAUUGUGCAUUCGGUCUGGUGCUGCUGGACACGUGGAAGUACGAGGUGGUGCCGCUUGCAUUUUACAAGCACAAGAUUAAUGUUGAUGAAGACUCCAUUGAUGUUGAUGAAGACUCAGUUGAUGAUCAUGAAGACUCAGUUGAGAUUCUGUUGGUGAUGACUCAGUUGAUGUUGAUGAAGACUCUUGAUGUUGAUGAAGACUCCAUUGAUGUUGAUGAAGACUCGGUUACUGUUGAUGAAGACGCGGUUGAUGUUGAUGAAGACUCAGUUGAUGAUCAUGAAGACUCAGUUGAUGAUCACGAAGACUCAGUUAAUGAAGACAGACUCUCUUGAUGAAGAGAAUAACCCGUUGGUGGGUGCACUUAAAGAAAGCUUUCGGGCGUUUCUGCUGCUUCAGUCCAGCAUCUUACCGGUAGUGUUUUUUGGAACGUUUUCAUUCGAGCGAGUUUUUUGGAAAUUGCACUACCGGUAGUGGUUUUUGGAAACGUUUUCAUUCGAUUGAGUUCCUUCUAAGGAUGGUCGUUUUUUUUUUUUUGGAGGAGGGCGGGGGAGGGUUGAUAGAAAAGAAGAAGGUGGUAAGCACUGGCUAGAUUGCUAUUCACACGCAAUAGUAAAAAUUCCGUUCCUUG